GGCCUUGAAGAGACUGGGUUAGAUUAUGUUGGUACCUCUUAUCCACAGCCCCCGGGAUCGCCCCUGGGCAGGCCCAGCCCUCUGCCUGCUCAGAAGUUGCCAAAAGUUUUGGGUUUUCACCACUAGGUUGGGUCCAUCUGCCUGCCUGGGCUAGGGGUUGGGGGUGGAUUUGAGCCUCAACAGGGCGACCACUUGCCCUGCUGUGUGUCCUCAGACAACUAACUGCUUGCCCUCUCUGAGCUGGGGGUCUUCAUCGGUGGCAGGUGGGCCUGGCUGGGAUUACUGAGCUGAUGGAAAGAUGGAGGUGAACAAAAGGGGUGAGCCUGUGGGGUAUCAGUUCAGCCUCUGGGGCCUUCACACCGACUCGAGUGUGACAGAACAUGUAUGGCUCUGGGCGAGGCUUUCUGAGCUUCCGGAACUCUACAGUUGGGGUAGUGGUCCUUGGGUGACCUGGGGUGAGUCCAGGCUCAGCUACAGUGAGUCGAGAUCACACUUGGUUUCAAGAAUGGGCCAGGCUUGUCUUGUUGCCGAUCCUUUUCUCAGGCUUCUGGCUGGGGAAGCAAGACACCUAGGUUUCUCAUCUCACUGGUUGACCUGGGCCAAGGGACUGCCCUCUGAGUUCCCAUAUGUGGAAUGGGAAUCCUCAGGGGAAGAAGCUGUGUGUUUCUGCAGUAGUGGCUUGGCAUUUAGUAGUAGGUGCUUAAUCAGUGCUUUACUGGAUGAAUUGCCUAAACUGGGUGGGAGGUGAGUUGCUGGCCCUAGUGGGGCUCAUCUCCAGAAGAGGAUGGAUUGGUGCCCGAAAAGCCGCCUCAUAACCCCUGGAGAAAGAAACAGCUCCAGCAGAGUCCUGCCACUCAACAGCUGUGUGACCUUAGGCAACUCACUGCUCCCUCUGGCCUUGGCUUUGAAUAUAAAAUGGGCCAUUGAGAAUGAUAGCUGCUUACAUCUACUGAGAACCUCCCGUGAGGUGGGGAGUCUUUGUUAUGUCCUCAUUUUGCUGAUGGAGAAACUGAGGUGCAGAGAGGGGAAGUGACUUGACCCAGGCUACACAGAAGCUGGAAUUAAAACCUAGACUUCAAAGACUCCAUUUCGGCUGCCCUUGAACCCUCCAGUGUUGUGGGAGCAGAAUUUUCCCAGUAUUGGACCAGGCACGUGGAAGUGUCGGAAAAGACUAUACUGAACUCAAAGUCUCAGAGAAGCGAAGUGACUUGCCCAGCUAUGAGAGAGCGAGCCAGGAUUUGAAAUCAGAUGAGGAUGCUGAGGACCAGAGAGGGGAAGUGAUUUGCCUAGGGUCAUACAGUGGGAAGAAGUGGAGCAGGGCCUCUAGUCCACGACCCCUGAUUCCACACCUCGUGUUCGUGCUGAGACCCCAGGCUGCUUCCCAGGUCCUCUGGGACAGCUCCUUCCACAGCCAGGACCAUGGGCAGCAACAAGAGCAAGCCCAAGGACGCCAGCCAGCGGCGCCGCAGCUUGGAGCCUGCCGAGAACGCCCACGGUGGUGGCGGGGGCGCCUUCCCCACCUCACAGACCCCCAGCAAGCCGGCUUCCGCUGAUGGCCACCGCGGCCCCAACACGGCCUUCAGCCCCGCGGCCUCCGAGCCCAAGCUCUUCGGGGGCUUCAACUCCUCGGAUACCGUCACCUCCCCGCAGAGGGCGGGGCCGCUGGCUGGGGGAGUGACCACCUUUGUGGCCCUCUAUGACUAUGAGUCACGGACAGAGACCGACCUAUCCUUCAAGAAAGGGGAGCGGCUCCAGAUUGUCAACAACACAGAGGGAGACUGGUGGCUUGCCCACUCGCUCAGCACCGGACAGACGGGCUACAUCCCCAGCAACUACGUGGCGCCCUCUGAUUCCAUCCAAGCCGAGGAGUGGUACUUUGGCAAGAUCACCAGACGGGAGUCAGAGCGGUUACUGCUCAACGCGGAGAACCCGAGAGGGACCUUCCUAGUGCGAGAAAGCGAGACCACGAAAGGUGCCUACUGCCUCUCAGUGUCUGACUUCGACAAUGCCAAGGGCCUCAACGUGAAGCACUACAAGAUCCGCAAGCUGGACAGUGGCGGCUUCUACAUCACCUCUCGCACCCAGUUCAACAGUCUGCAGCAGCUCGUAGCCUACUACUCCAAACAUGCUGAUGGCCUGUGCCACCGCCUCACCACUGUGUGCCCCACAUCCAAGCCACAGACUCAGGGCCUGGCCAAGGAUGCCUGGGAGAUCCCCCGGGAGUCACUGCGGCUGGAGGUCAAGCUGGGCCAGGGCUGCUUUGGAGAGGUGUGGAUGGGGACCUGGAAUGGCACCACCAGGGUGGCCAUCAAAACCCUGAAGCCGGGCACGAUGUCUCCAGAGGCCUUCCUGCAGGAGGCCCAGGUGAUGAAGAAACUCAGGCACGAGAAGCUGGUGCAGCUGUAUGCGGUGGUGUCUGAGGAGCCCAUCUACAUCGUCACGGAAUACAUGAGCAAGGGGAGUUUGCUGGACUUUCUCAAGGGGGAGACAGGCAAGUACCUGCGGCUGCCUCAGCUGGUGGACAUGGCUGCUCAGAUUGCCUCAGGCAUGGCAUAUGUGGAGCGGAUGAACUACGUCCACCGGGACCUCCGAGCUGCCAACAUCCUGGUUGGAGAGAACCUUGUGUGCAAAGUAGCUGACUUCGGGCUGGCUCGGCUCAUCGAAGACAAUGAGUACACAGCCCGGCAAGGUGCCAAAUUCCCCAUCAAGUGGACAGCUCCAGAAGCUGCCCUCUAUGGCCGGUUCACCAUCAAGUCGGACGUGUGGUCCUUUGGGAUCCUGCUGACAGAGCUUACAACAAAGGGACGGGUGCCCUACCCUGGGAUGGUAAACCGAGAGGUGCUGGAUCAGGUGGAGCGGGGCUACCGGAUGCCCUGCCCGCCUGAGUGUCCUGAGUCCCUGCACGACCUCAUGUGCCAGUGCUGGCGGAAGGAGCCAGAGGAACGGCCCACCUUUGAGUACCUACAGGCCUUUCUGGAGGACUAUUUCACAUCCACCGAGCCCCAGUAUCAGCCUGGAGAGAACCUAUAGGGAGCAGGCUACAGGGCCAGACUGGCUUCUCGGCUUGGAUCUGGGGCUGGGUGGCCCCGGAAGUGGGGUCUUGCCUCCCUCUGCCUGCCUGCCGUUGAUCCUCUCUGCGGGGCUGAAUUGCCCAUGACGAGGCCCCUCUCUCUUUCAAGGCGUGGAAAGGCUUGGGGCCUGGGACAGCCUUGAGGAGGCGGGGUCUAAGGCUGGCACGGUGACUGCGUCCCAGCUCCCACUCCAGCCACAUGCCUCCUCCCUGUACCCCUCUUGAAGCUCUGUGUGUCUUGGCAGGAAGAACUGGGAAGAAGGGCUGGGGCUGAAGGCUGGCUCUUUUUACCCAGACUCAACCUACUCCAUGCAUUGGCUCCUUCCUACUUCCACGCCACCCAGGUCUGUCUCUAGAGCUGGCCAAAGAACCUUUCCAAAGAGGAGUGAUGGGCCCUCGGCCUGCCUGCCACCCUGCCCCUUGCCAUCCAUUUCUGAAACACCUGUUGAUGGAAGCCACUGGGUCCAGAACUCUCUGUCAUGGCUCCCAGGCUUGGCAGUCCAAGGCCUCGAUUGACUUGAUUGUGGUGGGUGGGGUGGGCACCCCCCUCAAACCCUGCCCUUCUUAGACCCGAAGGACCCUUAGAGAUCAUCAAUUCCUUGUCCCCAUAUUACCCAUGGAGAAACUGACUUGCCCAAGGCCACAGAGCAAUUCGGGGUUGAGGUGGGAAAAGAACACGGUGCUCCCUGUCUUCCUCAGGAACCAACAAGAUUGUCCUCGGAGCCAUCAUGGACAGACUGUGGCAGCCCAGGGGACAAGGGCCUGAGGAUGGGUUAGACAUAGCAGAGAGCUCUGCUGCUACUUCGUGCUCAGUGGGGCUGCUGGGAGGGGAGAGAGUGGAGGUGGAUGUGAGGCUGAGCUAGGAAUGAGAGAUGAAGCUGUAGGUAUAGGGAGGCAGACUUCAAGGAGAAUGUGGUAGGUGUCGACCUUCAAGGCUAGGCAGCCGUGAAGAAGAGUGAGCUCCCGGGCUCUGGAGGCAAUCAAGGAGAAAUAGAAGAUCCAAGCAGUUGGGAGGCCCUGGCCUCAGGAGGGAACCCCAGGUCCUCCUCUGCCCUUUGUCCUGUCAUUUCAACACCUGGCCCCUGUUCUCUCCAAGUUGGCACCCCUUAUAUAGAGAGAAAGGAGUGCCUAGCCUGGGGUGAGAGAGGAUGCGGGUGUCCCCUGCCAUGCAUCAAGACUGGCUGUGUGACCUUGGGAGGCCCCUGCUUCCUUUCUGGGCUGCAGUGUCUGCCUCCAUAUGUGGCUGUGGCCUCUGUAAUUACACCACUCCUGUCCAGACCCUGUGGCCUGAUAUCACAUAGUGAGCCCAGCCCAGGGCAUCAGGAGACUGUGUUUUGGCCCUAAGUCUGCUGUUCAGCCUUAGGGUAUGUGGUGGCAUCUCCCUGGGCCUCAGUGUGCCCCUCUUAAAAGAGGUGGCUGACAGUUUGUGGGCAUCUUUCCAAGGGCCCCUGUUUGUAUGUAUGCGUGUGUGCAUGUGUGUUUUUCCAUGUGUGUCCAUAUUUAACAUGUAAAAAUGCCCCUUGCUCUGUUCCCCGGACACAUUGUACAUUUCACUCACAGCCCCCCAUCAUAGCAAUAACAUUCCGGCUGCCAGGGAUUCUUGAGCCAGCCAGGCCCUGCCAGCGGGGAAGGAGGCCAAGUGGUGCCUGCCUAUGAAAUUUCAACUUCUCCUUCCAUACAUGUCUAUUACCCAAGUCUUCUCCUGUCUGUCCCAGUCAAAUCUGGGCUCGCUCACAACAGUGUGCUCUCAAAUCCCCUUCCAACUGCCCAAGGUCCUUUGUAUAAGGUGUCCUAAUACUGUCUUUUUUUUUUUUUUUUAACAGUGUUUUGUAGAUUUCAGAUGACUAUGCAGAGGCCUAGGGGACCCCCAGCUCUGGGCAGGGCCUGGGGUCCCACAUUCCAUGGCCCUGGCUUGGGGGGUGGGGGGAUCCAGAAUUGGUUGUAAAUACUUUGCAUAUUGUCUGAUUAAACACAAACAGACCUCA